CGGCUAGGCGUAAAUCAGAUGCACGUUUAAGAGUUUAUUUGACAUAAAUCGAGGUUUUAAACUACRAGAAUUCAAACCAGCAGAACAGUAAAUCGAUACAUUGUAUUUUAGUCUUUUAUAUUAGCUAAAAAAAUAGAUUGUAAACUAAAAUGGAAGCGGCUGAAACAGCAGCUUGCUGCUCGGAGUUCAUGAACUGGGAGAUUGAAACCUCGACCUCCUGUAACGGAUUAAAACAAGAGAAACAACUUUCUGCCUCACAAAGAAGAUAUUACAGCUUCUGCAGGAGAAAGUCUUUCGCCGCCUUCGUUGCAUCAAAGAGGAAGGACACGUGUGGAGCAGGAAGCGCGUCCUGGAGCUGCUGCGGCCGGACCUUCGGCGAGCACGCCGCCGUCCACAAACACGUGGCCCAGGCUCACGGCGCUGAGCUGCAGCAGCUCGCACGGGCCUCGUGUGAACAUCUGCCACAGCAGCUGGAGGGAGACGCCGAGCGGCCGCAGGACGAAGCUGUGGACGUUUCUGAGUGGAUUCCRGAUGUUAGCCACGUCCCGGAGGAGCGGCUUCAAACCGGUCCUGGAGAGGUUCUGCUCUUCUAUCGGUACUGUCAGGUGGACGACCCGCGGACCAUCUGCACCUGGCARAAAGCUCUGUGUGAGAAGCUCAACUUAACCGGCAAGGUGCGGGUAGCAGCCGAAGGCAUCAACGGGACGGUCGGCGGCACCGAAGCGGCCACAGAGUUUUACAUCCAGGCCAUGAUUUCACAUCCGCUCUUCAAGAUGGAAAAAGAGGAUUUUAAGACCAGCCGCGGYGGCGCCGAGUGUUUCAGAGACCUGAAGGUCGGCGUCUUCAAGGAGAUCGUUCCCAUGGGGGUCGACCCCGAUGUGGUCUCCUACCAGCUGGCAGGAGUUCAUCUGGAACCCGAGGAGUUUCAUAAAGAGGUGGAGGCUCUUUUGGCCCAAAAGCAUUUGAGAAACGACACCGUCCUUCUGGACUGUCGCAACUUCUACGAGAGCAAAAUAGGGCAGUUCUCUCAGUGUCUGGCUCCAAACAUACGGAAGUUCAGCUACUUCCCGGACUAUGUGGACCAGAACCUGGAGCUGUUCCGAGACAAGAAGGUCCUGAUGUACUGCACCGGAGGGAUCCGCUGUGAGCGAGGCUCCGCCUACCUCCGCUCAAAG